AGAACGUAACUACGUAUAAGUUAGUAACAAACACACUCCAUUCGCGGGCAAACGCGACCGCUGCCAUGCCGUGUAAAUGAUAACAUAAACUUAUGUUUACGAUAACAUAAAAUCAAAGAAAAUUAUUAAAAUAUUAACAAGAGUUUUAAAAGAAAAUGUGGGUGGAUGUUAGCGGUAGGGAAAGGCAGAAUUAUUUAUCGGCUGCUAAUGGAUCAUUUAUUCCUGGAUACACAGGACAUUGCCCGCUACUGAAGUUCCGCUACGGAAAAUGCUACGGUGACAACACUCGACAGAUUCUCAAGGAAAUCCGCUCUAAAGGAUUGUUCAACAAGCCACUGAAGUACAGGCCAGGAGACAACUACGAGAUCGACAACAUGCCGCGACGCAACACCCCCACGCACGACGUGUAUGACGGCACCAGGCACAGGCAACCCGCCUACAUGACCGGCUACACUGGAUACGUACCUGGCAUGAACUUCACUUACGGCAAAUCAUACGGACGUGCAGCUGACGACUGCAUGGCAGACUUCACAGCGAACCAAAGAGAGUUACAACGCAAAGCGGAUUUCAAUCGGAGCUUCGUGAGAUCUCGGAGCGCGCCGAAGAUGGAGACUGUGCACUCCAGGGACGAGAUCCGACGAGAUUUGAGCAGAUUUAGGGAGAUCAACAAAUACAAAGAGAACACGAUAUCACCAGAAUUCCCACCCAUAGCGGGAUACACAGGCCACAUCCCACGAAUAAAGGGGUCAGAAGCCUCCCUCAGCCAGCGCUACCAUUGCGCCGCCAAACGAGGCCUCGAGCUCAUCAAGAUGGAAAGAGAAAAAAGGAAGGAGCUCCAAAACGCGAACGUCAACAUCAAAGCCAUCCUCAAGGAUCACGACAGGAAGUACUCCUACUGGAACUGGGGAUAGCACACGGGGAGAAGAAUGUUCUUCACCAAAUGUCGAUGAGCAUUCUUCCUUAGGUCUUAAGGAACAGUAUUAAGAGAAAUGAAUACAGUGGACCCCCGGUAAUCCGGCACCCCCCGUA